AUGUCUGGAAAUUUAUCAACUGAAGAAGGGCAAAUAAUUUUGAAUUAUUUUAUGAAUAAAAAGAUAACUAUAAAAAUUUGUGAUGGUCGCAGAGUUAAAGGAUAUCUUUAUUGUACAGACAAUUAUCCAAAUAUUUUAAUAUCUCAAGCUACCGAAAGUUGGGAGGGUGUCAAAGAUACAGAAAGAAGAAUUGGUUUAGUUAUGAUUAAACGUGAUAUUAUUGAAAAAAUUUUUAUUGCUAAAUAUUUAAUUUUAUACUGUUAUUUACAGAAUUUUUUUAUAAUAUUUCUUGUUAUUAAAUAUUUAAUUAAUGUUACAAUAGAAAAAUUAUCUUAUUUAGAUAAAUUAAAAUAUUGUACAAAUGUAGAUAAAGAUUUUAUUAAUAAAAAUACUGUAUCAAAUCCAUCACCUAAUUACUAUGAUCAAUAUAUUGAAGAAUAUUAUGAACCUGAAGAAAAUAUAGAUGAAGAAGAAGUUAUUCCUUUACACUUACAAGAAGAAAAAAUAAAAUCACAAGAUGAAAAAAAAUUUAUAGAUCAAGUAGAGAAAGAAGAAAUACUGGAAAUUCUUGAAAAUGAGCGUGCGUUAAAUAUUGAAUGUAUAGAUAUAGUAAAAAAAAAUGAUGAUGAAUUGAAGUCUAAUGAUAUAGCUAUAAUUUGUUCACCAUACAACAAAAGACAUGGUGAGGCAUUAACAAAUGUUAUAAGAAAAUAUAUUAAAAAUAAUUAUCGUUUUGAAAAUAAUGUUUAUCCUUCAAUGGUCAAAAAUGAUUUUGGAUGGUUUACAUAUGAUAUGAGAAAAAUUAUUUUACAUGUCAUGACAAAAGAAAUGAGAGAAAGGUAUAAAUUAGAAGAUUUGUAUAAAAAUAUUGAAGAGGAUGUUGAAGAGGAUUUUUUUGCUGAAAGACCUGAUGAUGUAAUUGUUGAGAAAGAUGAUAAUGAAAACAAUGUUAUUGAAAAAGAAGAAAAAGAAAAAAUUAAUAUUGAAGAUAAAUGUGAAAAAAUUAAUUCUAUUGAGAACAUGUAA